UCUGUUCCAUUCUUCAUUCCUCGUUUUAGCAACACCCUUUUAAAGGGAAACGCAAACGAAAGUAGAUCGGCACGAGUUUUGUCAACAAAGAUUGAACUUGAAAGAAGUGACCAAUAAUGGAUGGUAAAUUUGAUUUUAAUGUCAAAAAACGGCUAUCAGAGUGGAUAGGCCGGGACAGCCAGUUCGAGCUUCUGUAUAAACUCAGUAGGGAUGGGGGAGCGCCUGAGAAAUUUCACGAGUUGUGUGACGACAAUGACCCCACGGUGACCAUCUUCUACAACACAGACAACAAUGUGUACGGGGGAUACACGUCACUGAGCUGGAAGAGUGAAGGAGGCUGGUGUAUGGACAAACUGUCAUUUCUGUUCAAGCUUUAUACCAAUAAAAGAUGGGAACCCAGAAAGUGUCCAUUGUUAAAGACGAACAACUACACGAACGUUUUCUUUAGUAGUGGUAGCGGCCCAUGGUUUGAAAAUCUGAGAUCUUUUGAUAACUUUGUUGACAAAACUUUCGGCUAUUACUCACUGAGUACAGACGGUCUGUUUGAUGGAGAUUAUUAUGACAUGGGAGGAGAGAACGCACAGUCUGUAGCCAACGGACACAACAACGUCACAGAUCUAGAGGUGUAUCUGGUCAAAGAUGGACCUUUAGAGCUUGAUGUCUCGUGGAGGGAUCCACCCGAGUGGACUUUAAAGGCUUCUGAAGAAUUAAAAGAACUUAUCACUAACUACAUGCCGUUUGAAGAGGUGGAUAUUCCUGAGGCCAACAUCUUGCUGUUGGGACAAGUGGGUGCCGGGAAAUCUAGCUUCCUAAACACCAUAAACUCUAUCUUCAAAGGCAGGAUGUCGUCCCGGGCAUGCACCGGAAGUACGGAGAACAGUUUGACCAAAAGUUUUGAAAAAUUUCGAGUCCGAAAUCCAGCAACAAAGACCUACCUGAAAUUCCGGAUAUGUGACACACGAGGGGUAGAGGAGGGCUUCUCCAUCAAAAGUGAAGAUCUGGGAUUUAUCCUGGACGGGAACCUGCCCAAUCAUUACACUUUCAACCCAGUAGAGAAAGCAACACCAAAAGUACCCGGAUUCAUCAAGGAUCCGACCCUGAAGGACAGGAUGCACGCUGUUGUUUUUGUCAUUGAUGGAAGCACAUUUGAUGUUUUACCAGAAGGGAUAAUUAAAAAACUAAAAGAAAUGAAAACGUUUGUGGUUGAAAGAGGUGCACCUCAACUUGUUUUCUUGACCAAAAUGGACAAAGUAUGUAAACUUGUCGAGAAAGACAUAAGCAAUGUGUACCUAAGUGAAGUUGUGCAGAGCGCUGUUAGCAGGGUGGCUGACGUCAUUGGUAUCCCGAGAUCCCACGUUUUACCGGUGCAGAAUUACGAAAAGGAAACCAAACUUCAAACAAAUCUUAACAUAUUGGCUCUAGGUGCACUACACCAGGCACUCAUGUUCGCAGACGACUUUUUGGAAAACCAGUAUGAACUUGAAAAUUGAGGUCGUAGGUCAUAGCCUUUAUUUGUGCCCAAAGUCAACAUUUUGUGAAACAUGUAGAAUACAAACUAGGUAUAGCGUUAUCUGAAGUCUGAUUUUUUUGUCAAAUAAAUUGAUGACUAAUCACCACCGUGGUGCGUAUUUAUUUCGAAACAUCAUGAAAUAAUACCUGUAUGAGAGACUGGAUUGGAGAUCGUACAUGUAUGUCAACGCUGGAAAAUCAGUACAAAUGUAUGUAGAAAUGAAGACUUAUUUCAGGAUUUAGAGAUAUUCAUCAUCCUUGUCAAUUUUGUGAGGUAAAGUGGAGAAAACUUAUUCUCAAUAACCGUCAUGAUGAUGUUAUCCUAUUUUGUUUCUUCUUAGAAAUAGUUUUUUACUUGUUUACCAUAAAUUACAUUGUUUUACUAUGUUACUGUAUUCAUUUUGACCCAUUGUGUGACAUGUUGCGGCUUGAGCAUCACUGAAGAGGCAUUAUUUGUCGAAAUGCGCAUCUGGUGCAUCACAAAUGGUACCGUGUAAGUUUUACAUGUGUAUAUCUUUUAAUUCUUAUUAUGUGUUUGUAGUAUAUCAAAUUACAUGUACGUGAAAUUUAAAACCAAUAAUGAGUAAUAGUGUUAUAUACUAACUAUCCCAUCUUUUCUAAAUAUUUCUUUACAAAACGAUUUCAGAGACGGCAUAAACUUAUGAACUUGUGUUCAUCAAUGAUUGCGUAAAAAUCCCGCUAUGUGACUUUGUUAAUUGAGAAUGUUUUAUGAUUAAUUAUAUUUCUUUUCCCCAUUAUGCCUUUGAGCAAUGUCUUGUUCACAUUGAUAUAAUCUGCUAAUUUGAAGUCCCUUACUGUAGUUACUAAGUAUGAAAUUAUAAUAGUUCCAACUGUAUAUAAACAUGUAUACUUCGAUUAUUCAUUGAUAAAUAUCCUCCAUUAUUCAGAGUC